AUGGAUUCCCCAACGGAUUUCUCAAUUGUUUCUCACAACGCCGGGCUUGAACCAGGCUGCUUCGCCAUUACGUUCGAAAGGAAGUACUAUCAGCGUGGAAACUCUAUCGUAAAGAGAUCCUUGCGACCUCAUGAAUUCCACCACGGAGCUCAUAGACCCUACGUCCCACGACUCCGCUACGAAACCCUCAUGAACGAAGCCGCGUGCUUGCGCUUUAUACGAAAUUACACCAACAUUCCGGUGCCAGAAGUGUACUGCGAUUUCGAAGACGACGGCGCGUACUACCUCGUAACCGAGUAUAUCCACGGUGUCAGAAUGGCUGAUCUACAGACACACGAGGAAUUCAUCGUUUCCAGAGAACUAGGCCAUCAUCUUGCUACACUGAAAACGUUGACAUCGAAUCGUCUUGGCGGGCCCUCUAGCAUCGUCAUCCCACCUCGUCGUGUGAUGCGCCACACAAACAUCCACCACUGGUCACUGAUGGCCUCGGACCAAGAGGAAUAUGUCUUCUGCCAUAACGACCUGACCCAGUCAAAUGUCAUUGUGGACCCCGAGACCUUGGCUAUAAAGGCUAUCAUCGACUAG